GAUACCAUGUGAUCAACUAUUGUUACCAAAUAUUGUUAACAAACCUUUAUUCGGUAUUUUUAUUGUUUAAUUGUGUGACAUUUGUUGAAUUUAAUUGUGAGUUUUUGUUAAUAUUUGAUUUAUCCAUUUUACUAGACAAUAUGGAAGUAUCAAAUUUCGAUGAUUUGCUGCAGAAAGCUGAACAACUUCAAGCUCAAGUUGAUUUACCCUUUCCACGGAUUGAACGCAAUAUUAAACAAUUAUAUGAAGUUGGACAUAAUUUAUGGACCCGAACUGGCUAUCAUGCAUCCAGGGAUUCCAAUGAAGCUCGUGCCUCUGUUUUACUCGGUGCCAAAGGUUAUGAUCUACAAAAGGCGAACCAACAACUGGAAAAUUUAAAGGCAGAUUUUUCUACCGUCGAAUCAUCCAAAAUAAGCGAUAUCCAUGGUUUUUUGAAAAAUGAGAGAGAAAAUGCCGUUCUAUCUUCUAUCGAAGAGGUUAAAAAGAACACUUUCGAAACUGUCGAUAAAAAAUGUUGGGCCAAAACAAACAAGGAUUGGGAAGAUCAGAAGAUGAAUAUUUUAACCAAUCUUGUUGGUGAUGAUAAUGAUGUAUCGGAUGUGUCAAUGAUGAGUGUCUCGAGGUCAGCAGCUACUCCGAAGAUUAAUAUGCGAGAUCUUUCAUCUAGAGUCAUUCAGAAAGACUUCACCAGCUAUGUACCUAUAUUGGAAAAGAUUAAGAAAGCGCCUAAUGAUCAAAACAUAUCUGCUUUGUCAAGUUUAUUGAGAGAAAAUAAAGACUUCGAAUCAGUUCUUGGUUAUAAAAAUAGGGACGGUAACAGAGUAGCUGGUUUAAUCGAUCAAUAUCACGAUGAUCCGGUGCAAGUGAUCCAACAUAUUGCCAAUGAUUGUGAAGAAACGGGUUCAAUUGAGGAAGCUGUCAAAUUGCAAGAUUUAACCAGAAAUGAUGAAAAAUGUUUAGAAUUACUCAUCAAAUAUCUCACUCCAUUAGUGCCUCAGAAGAAAACAUCGGGUGGAUUAAGAGAUAAAUUGGAAAAUCUGGCCAUAAAUAUUGCAGAAAGGUAUCACAGCAGUGGUUAUAAUGCUAGGCCAGAAGUGGUUGGAAUUUUUCAUCUCCUGUUAGAUUUAAUGGCCUUCUUCGAUAAUUAUCAUAAGCAAGCUUUUGACGAUGCCCUAGAAGUUAUUGAAAAACUGAACAUUUUACCGUUCCGAAUGGAGCAAGUUGAUGCUAAAGCCAAUGAAUUUGGUUCAUAUGCCGAUGAAAUCCGACAAUUGAUUCCAGAUGUUUUAGUUGCGACAAUGAAUAUUAUUCAUAUUCAAUACAAGAAAAUAAAAUCAAUUGUGCCGCUAACAUCAAAUAAAUUUGGAGUCAUUGCGGAAGCCAAUGAAAAGGAUGUGCUUCUGCAAUCUCUCAAAGCCAAAGCACGUUUAUUGAUCACAUAUGCAGGAAUGAUUCCUUACAGAAUGCCCGGUGAUAUCAAUGCUCGACUAGUACAGUUGGAAGUCACCAUGAAUUAAACCAAAACUCAAAUUUUUGAUAGUAUAAUCACCAAUUCAUCAGUUAUCUAAUACUGAAUUUUCUCAUUAAAAUCUUCAAAUAAAUCACUGACAUUGUUUA